CAAUUUACAAAAAUUUCAAUUUCGUUUAAGUACAAAUAAACGCUAUGAACACGAAUGGUACUCAAGAAAAUGUACCGAGAUUUGAAAAAUUAGCAAAGCCAAAGGAAAGAAUCGAUCGAACUAGUAACUACAAUGCCUUCAAUGUAAAACCCGAAGCAUUAUCUUAUCAAAUUACAGAUUCCUUAAACAAACUGGCUCAACCGAAACGAAAACAGGUCACAAAUACACUAAGCGCGUCAUCCAGCUUAAGAAGUUCAUCAAACACAGUGAGAGAACGUCAGAAGCUGAUAAAUAGCAACGAACAGUCAAAGGACGCGCUGGAAUCGAAGAAGAAGAAAUUUUUAUUGGACACUUAUGCCCGUAUCGUUGCAGCCAGAAAUAAACGAUGCUCGAAACGUUUACACGAACUCGCGAAACCAAGGAAUCCUUCAAUUCGAAACGAGUCGUACGAAGAUUACGACAAUUACUUUCAAACAAUUAAAAAAUACAAUGCUAAAUCUGCGGCAUUGAAAAAAAACAUGAACCAGUAAUUGGAAAAAAGUUUAACAUGUAACAAAAAUAUAAUUAAACUAUCAAACUUA